GGACAGUGCGCUGGGAAAAUGCCUCUUUGCUUCCUCAGGCAAUGGCUGGCGCAACAGCCAAGAGACUGGGCACCAAGCUGAGCAGCCCUCGGCACCAAGCUGGCAUGGCUGUUUUUGCUGUGAUGGCCGAGCCGGUCUCUGCAAUUCGUCAGAUGUUUUUUCUAAGGGUUGGAUUUAUGUUUACAAACUUUACAGUUGAGACAAAUCAGUGAAAAUUCCUCUCAAAGGAAAUAUUCUAACCCACACUGCUGGAAACCUGAAUUUUGAAGUUGAAAGUUCUAAUCUUCUGUAGCUAAAGGUCUGCAUGCCUGUAUCUGCAUAAAUAUGGCUGAUCUAUCAGAGCCAGAAGGUACAGUGAACUGGAAGGAAAGAUGUUUAACUCUGGAGUCACAGUUAAUGAAAUUUCGUCUCCAAGCAAGCAAGAUCAGAGAAUUAUUAGCAGAAAAGAUGCAGCAGCUUGAGAGACAAGUUAUAGAUGCUGACCGUCAAGCAGAGAGGGCUUUUCAGCAGGUGCAAGUAAUGGAAGAAAAAUUAAAAGCAGCUAAUGUUCAAACGAGCGAAUCAGAAAACAGGUUGUAUAAGAGAUGUCAAGAUCUGGAGAUCCUGAUUCAAGAUAAAAAUGACAUAAUACAAAAAUUGGAGCAACAACUUGAAGAACAGAAGCAAAUACGACUUCAAGAGGCAAAACUCAUAGAAGAAAAAGCAGCUAAAAUAAAAGAAUGGGUGACAGUCAAGCUCCAUGAGUUAGAGGUGGAAAAUCAGAACCUUCGCUUGAUCAACCAAAAGCAAACCAAAGAGAUGAAAACAGUACAAUCCAAACUGCAAGAAGCUACGGGCAAGAAAUCUGUUACUUCAACACAAAAACCUGGAGAAUGUCAGCGACUAAGUAGUUUGACUUUUGGAUGCUUUUCAAACAGAGCGAGAAGUCCUCAACCAUCUCCUAAAUUUGAAGAAAUAAGCAAAUCUUCAUCAAAAGAGUCAGACUACACUGAAGGCAAAAACACACUAGAGAAGGAUAUCCUGGAAACUACCUUUGCUGGUCCUGCACAUGAAAGCAAUAAAGGUCAGAAGUCAUUGCAGCAAAGUUCCUCAGGAUCAGAGCAGAACAAAAAUGUGAGAACAAGUUGUUCAUCCAAGGAUUUGGACAGUGACAUGUCAAAGAACUCCUGCACUACAGGGAGUGACUGGAGCUCAGAUGAGGAUGGAGGAGACAAUAAAGGAAUGAAAUCCAGGUGUGCAUCCACUCUCUCAAGCCACACAUCGGAAGAGAACACUAGGUACAGUAGAGUGGGAAGUGAAAUGUAUUUGACAGCCUCCGAUGACAGUAGUUCUCUAUUUGAAGAAGAGAGUUUGGGUGUUCAGAGGACUCAGCACAAAAAGUUGUACUCCUGGCAGCAAGGGUCCCAAAGAAAAGGCCAGAACAAUCCAGGUGGAAAGUGCAACUCAGACUUCACAAGUAAGAAGAAAGACCAAGAUAGUUCUUCAGAUGAACUGAACAAGAAAUUUCAGUCUCAGAGGCUAGAUUAUUCAUCCUCAUCCAGUGAGGCAAAUACCCCAAGUCCAAUUUUAACCCCUGCUCUAACUCCUAAACACCCAAUCCUAGCAACUUCUGCAGGAUCUCAAUAUCCAACACUAUCAGAUUCUCCCUCAAAUUUGCCACCUCCAAAGUUACGGACUCCUAAUGUGUUCAGUAUAAAUUCAGCAUUGGCAAAAAAACAUUUAAGCCAGCCCCAGCUGAGCUCUGAUAGAAUGUUUGGUAAAAAUAGAAAUGCUAUAAGCAUGAUACGUCCGUGGAGACCUCAGGAAACAGACAUUGAUCUGGUGGAUGGAGAAGAUACAGGUAUUUUAGAGAAAAUGGAGAUUGGCUGUGAUGAAGGAGUGUUUACCUAUGACUGCACUGAAGUACAAAAUGCUGAAGCCCAGGAACCCUGUGAUACGACAAAAAAAGCUGCUAGUAACAAACCUCCAACCCCACCAUUACAUCGAUUUCCUUCCUGGGAAAGCAGAAUUUAUGCUGUAGCCAAAUCUGGCUUAAGGAUGUCUGAAGCUUUCACCGUGGAAUCUCUUAACAAAAGUGCUGUUUCACUAACAUCAUACUCUGUAUCUGGAUUAUACACAUCUCUGAUAUAUAAGAACAUGACCACUCCUGUCUACACCACUUUGAAAGGGAAAGCAACUCAAAUAAGCAACAGCCCAUUUAUAGAUGAGUCGUCAGGAUCUGAGGAAGAAGACAGCUCUCGGUCUAGCUCAAGGACUUCUGAGUCCGAUUCUCGAAGCAGAAGUGGCCCGAGUAGUCCUCGGGCUAUGAAACGAGGUGUGUCUCUGUCUUCCAUGACCUCAGAAAGUGACUAUGCUAUUCCUCCUGAUGCAUAUUCAGUAGAUACAGACUGUUCAGAGCCAGAGCAGAAACUUCCUAAAACCUCUUCCUCAUCUACUGAUAAUGGAAAAAAUGAACCUUUGGAAAAAUCUGGAUAUCUGUUAAAAAUGGGUGGUAAAGUGAAGACCUGGAAACGACGAUGGUUUGUGCUUAAAGGAGGUGAAUUACUAUACUACAAAUCUCCAAGUGAUGUAAUUCGAAAACCUCAAGGUCAAAUUGAGUUAAAUGCAUCUAGCCACAUUGAAAGGGGUGAUGGAAAACAAACAAUUCAGCUGACCACAGAAAAACGGACAUACUACCUGACUGCAGAUUCUCCAAACAUCUUAGAAGAAUGGAUCAAAGUACUACAGAAUGUUCUUAAAAUACAGGCUGCUAGUCCACUUUUUAUACAGCCUGAAAUCAAGCCAACCAUGAAAGGGUUACUUACAAAGGUGAAACAUGGAUACUCCAAAAGAGUAUGGUGUACCCUCGUUGGAAAAAUUCUGUAUUACUUCCGUAACCAAGAAGAUAAGUUUCCUCUUGGUCAAAUCAAGCUUUUUGAGGCCAAAGUUGAAGAAGUUGAUAGGUCCUGUGACUCUGAUGAAGAUUAUGAAGCUAGUGGUCGCAGUUUAUUAUCAACACAUUACACUGUUGUUAUCCACCCCAAAGAUCAAGGACCAACUUACCUUCUUAUAGGAUCCAAGCAUGAGAAGGACACAUGGCUUUAUCAUCUGACGGUUGCUGCUGGAAGUACCAACGUAAAUGUUGGGUCUGAGUUUGAACAACUUAUUUGCAAAUUGCUAAAUAUGGAAGGUGAUACCACUUCUCAGGUUUGGAGACAUCCCACCCUUUGCCACAGCAAAGAAGGAAUUGCUUCUCCUCUUACAACAUUGCCAUCAGAAGCUUUGCAAACUGAAGCAAUUAAAUUAUUUAAGACCUGCCAGUUGUUUAUAAAUGCUGCAGUUGACUCUCCUGCCAUUGACUACCAUGUAUCUUUGGCCCAGAGUGCUUUGCAGAUCUGCCUCACGCAUCCUGAACUUCAAAAUGAGAUCUGUUGUCAGCUCAUUAAACAGACUAGACGUCGACAUCCACAAAACCAGACAGGACCAAUACAGGGCUUGCAGCUCUUGGCUCUCUGCGUUGGACUCUUUCUGCCCCAGCACCCAUUCCUUUGGCUUCUUAAACUUCAUUUAAAGAAGAAUGCAGAUUCCAGAACUGAAUUUGGGAAAUAUGCAAUAUAUUGUCAGCGAUGCGUAGAGCGUACGCAGCAGAAUGGAGACCGAGAAGCCAGACCUUCCAGAAUGGAAAUUCUUUCAACUCUUCUAAGAAACCCCUACCACCAUUCACUGCCCUUUAGUAUUCCAGUUCAUUUCAUGAAUGGCAUUUAUCAGGUUGUUGGAUUUGAUGCUUCUACCACAGUGGAAGAAUUUCUGAACACCCUGAACCAGGAUACAGGAAUGAGGAAACCAGCUCAGUCAGGAUUUGCACUGUUUUCUGAUGAUCCCUCUGGCAAGGAUAUAGAGCACUGUCUUCAAGGGAACAUCAAGAUCUGUGACAUUAUUUCAAAAUGGGAGCAAGCCUCCAAAGAACAACAUCCUGGGAAAUGUGAAGGUACAAGGACUGUCCGCCUUACUUACAAAAAUAGGCUUUAUUUUUCAGUUCAAGUCCAUGGGGAGACGGACAGAGAGAAGCUGCUGCUAGUCUAUCAGACAAACGAUCAAAUAGUCAAUGGACUUUUCCCCGUAAACAAAGAACUAGCGAUGGAACUGACUGCUCUUCUGGCUCAGGUAGAAAUCGGAGAUUUUGAAAGGCCUUUCUCAACACCAGCAGGGCAAGUCACUUCCCAGUCCAAGUCCAAUCAAACAUUAAAACAAGUUUUGGAGAGAUUCUACCCCAAGAGAUACAGGCAUGGUUGUUCAGAAGAACAAUUAAGACAGCUUUGUCAGCGAUUGUCUACAAGAUGGAUGGCUCUCCGGGGGCACAGUGCUGCAGACUGUGUGCGCAUUUAUCUCACUGUAGCCAGAAAAUGGUCCUUCUUUGGUGCUAAAUUGUUUGCAGCAAAACCUCUAGCAACAUCCACACUUGAGAAGUCCUUCAUAUGGUUUGCUGUACAUGAAGAUGGCAUAAGCAUCCUUGAUUACAGCACUAUGCGAUUGACAGUUACAUAUACAUAUAAGAGUCUGAUGACUUUUGGAGGCUAUCAAGAUGAUUUUAUGUUGGUUGUUAAUGAUGCUCAGAUGAAGGACAAAGCAACUGAAAAACUCCUUUUUGCCAUGACAAAACCCAAGAUUCUUGAGAUCACUCUACUGAUUGCCAGCUAUAUUAACAACUUUCAUCAGCAAAAAGGAGCUGCUCAUCACCUCUCCGCUCCAGCAUUACUGACACCUCAAAGUGGACAGAAAUUCAAGGAACUGGGGAGUCAGCCACUGCUCACAAACAACAGACCAACUAAAUGUCCAACUUUGUUAUGAAAGUGUUACCUAUCCUGAUAAUGCAUCUUUGCUACAUGGUUUCUACACUGAUUGAAAACUUUUUGAUGUACAAGAUAUACUGCAUAAGCAGGUUUGUAAAUGAAGGAAAGGAGGAUGGGUUUACAUUCAUUUCAAUGGUAUAUAGCAGGAGGAAUCCUUUAAUUAAAGCCUGGCACAAACUGGAAUGUUGAAGAUGAGCCGAUUUAAGAAUUCUGCUUUACUGGGGUGGCUUGUCCCUAUAGCUCAAAAAUAAACAUGUCUGCUGAUAGUGAUGGGGAAGGGUGGCCUUGGGAACAAUUGUAUACAUUUUAGACAUUUUCCAGAUAUUUUCUCAGGGACCAAACUGUCUUCACCUCUUCAGUUGCAUUUUAAAAAGUACAAAUUGUAUAACCUUCAUUUUUUUAAGGAUUUUUUGUUUUUAAAGAUGUCAAAUAGUAUAUUUUCCAUUUCCGUCACCCCUCUUUAUUUUUCAGUACAAGCACCAUGGGACCAAAACCAGCAAAUUGUUUUAGAACUGUUUCUUCUUAAAAACAAAACGAAACAAAAAAACAUAAACACAUCGUGUAACUAUUACAAAUCUAACAAGUAUUCUCCCAAUACCCUUUUAGCCAUUUUUAUACAGCUAUUCUACUUGGCAAAUCUCCAGCCUCAGCCUGAUACAUUUCUAAAUAAUCCCUCUCAACCCCAGCCUUUUGGAAAAAUCUAAAUUGAACAGGCACUGUAUUUAGUAUAGGUUUAUUAAACUUCUUUAAUCCAGAAAUAAUAAUAUAAUCCAGAUGCAAGAAUGACUCAAUUUAAAACACAGGAAUAACACAGAAAGCCAUUGUUUGAAUAGUUGAGCUUGGAGACAUAAGUGACACAAAAUGCCAUGUGUAUAAUGUAUAUACAGUGAUACAGAAUAAUAUUUUGUAAAAGAUGUAUUUGUUGUUUUUCAUUUGUAUCUAUACGUUUCACAUUAUAAAACUAAUUACAAUGUUUUUGCACACUAAAGGUAAAAUGUUGCAUCUGCACUAUUGGACUUGGGAGCACUUUCUGGUUACCUUUUUCAGCUGCAAGCUUCAGUGCUGUGUAGGGUCAAGUGCAUAGAAAUGACACUCCUUUUAAAUUCCAAACCUCACAUUUUAGUUUCUGUGCAAAGAAACCAUUUCUACAGGCUCUGAAAUAGAUCAGCAGCGUACUCUAAUAAUUUAGGUCCAACUGCAGAGGGGGUAGUUAAACAUGAAUCACUGAUUUAUACACAUUUUAUAAUAUCCACUUCUGCUCAUGCUGAUGAUCAUUGAUCAUUAAUCACUUACUGCUAACCUUCAUCAUUUUAGCCUGCAGUAAUUUCAUAAUGGUGAAUAUUAAUAUCCGAAGGUUGAAAAACUCCUUUAUUAUAUGACAUUUCAUAUAUACAGACAUACAGAUUGAGAGAGGAGUAAUUUUCAGCUGUUUGCCCUCUGUAAAAGGUAGGAAGUAUCUUCCUGAAGAAUUGAAAUAGGUUAGUUUGGAGAUACAGUUUGCAAAAAGAACAUAGUAUUAAAAAGUGGGAAGACAAGUUGGCUGGCUGACUUGAUAAAUACAUUUCUUCUGAAAACUCUCAAAAUCCUGCCACAAGCUAAGUCUGCAAGAUGCUACCUCCACUGUAUAGCUCAGUGCUUUGUCUUGAAAAUUACAAACAUAUAACAAACAUACUGUAUAUGGAUGAUACCAUGUUUGAAAUGCAUAAAGAGCUUCCUGAUAAUUUUCAACCUUCAUGAGUAGUUACACCAUUUCUCUUUCAAUGAGGCAGGGGACAGCAGAUCUGCCAUCAUCAGGGCAAGCACCCAGGAAGCUACAGGAGACCCUGGCACUGACUGCAGCAUCUUUUUGUGCAGCAUCCCCAGGUGAAGCGAUGCAGGUAGUGUGGUGUAAUUGGGUUAGGAAUUAACAUCCCUUUGAGAUCAGCAGUAUAGUUAACUUCUGGAGAAUUACGGGGGUGGGUGACAGUACUUACAAAUUCAAACAGAUGGUACUGCAUCAGUUAUACUCAGGUGGUAGUGUAGAGCUUAUCCAAUAUGCUUAGAAAGUUAAUUUAAAAACAAAAAGUCAUCACAAAAUUAUGAUAGCAAUCAACCUAGCUAGCAUUGAUAGCAAUCAAUUGCUAGCAUUCCAGCUAGCAAUUAUUUCCUCAUUGUCCAUUAGGACAUAGUGUAAGGCAUGUCACUAGUGAGUUUCUUCAUGCAGUUUUUUUUAAGUCUUUGAAUUAAGUUGGUUAGUUUGGAGACAAAAUGAUACACAAAGCUGAUGUGCAGAUACUGAGUCUUUUAAACAGAUUUCAUUAACAAUUCCUGCCUUACAAACAGUUUUUUUUAUAAAGCAGCAUACAAUAUAAGUAGUAUGACUUUCCUUCCUGCUUUUAGGUAGAUAAUUCAGAAACUGCUUUGCUUUUUAGGGUUAAGCUCCUGGUGAUGCAAUAUAUCCCUAAAUCAUAGUGCCAGAAGCAGUCCAUGUUCUAGUUUCCCUUUGUUUGGCAGCACCUUUCAGACUUAAUAUGGCUGUUUAAUUAUGAUGGGUCAUCAUUAAUCCCAUAUACAGUCACAUUACCAGAAAUACCGUGUAAUUUUAAUGAAAUAAAUACACUCAGAAUCACAGCAUGACCAUACAACACUAAACAAUCAAGUUUUUCCCAGGAUUUUGAUUAGCAACAGCAUGGUUUCCAUAGUGUGGUAGUAACCUCUUCAAGCAAACCUUUCCCUAAAAUUAACAGUCAGCAAGGAAAGUCUCUUACACAAACACACUUCAACAGCAUGGCUUGAAGAGCUGUGUAAGUCUCUGGCCGACUUGCUCUGUGUUAAACUAGCCCUAAACCUACUUAGAAGAUACCAUACAAUAUAAGUCAGCAAAACUGAAAAUUUCAGAGUCAGGUAGUUGAUCUGUUCUGCCUUCCCCACCCAGCUUGAACCUCAUGAGUGAUCCACAUCUCAGUCUUAGCCUUGAGUCAUCCAUCAAAACAACUCAUACCAUGCUAACCUAAUCCACGACUAAAGCCCAGGCAGGAACUAGACUUUUCUCACCUUCUGAUCUUUAGCAGCAGUGAUGAAAUGGGAGCUGUGAAAUGAGCAGGAACCUCUGGGACUGAUGCUGAAGAACUUCCUGUUCUCCAGGCUUGCAGAACCUAGGUUGUAAAAAUAUUCUCAGGGUGAGAUUAAUAGGUAAGCUCAUGGAAGGAGACUUCACUUUCCAUCACAAGUUUCAGAACAUUUUGUGCUUGCUUUGAGCACUCAGUAACAACAAUCUGUAUAGAUAGCCAGGGAAUCUGAGCUUGACAAUGACUGAAAGAUCAGUGGUAAAUCUCUAUAUAAAGAAUCACAUUGAUUUGAAAAUAACAUUCGGAAUACAAUAAAAACGAAUAAAUACAA